GGGGGUGCCAAACAUUACUCCUCUUAGCAGAAAAUUGCAAUCUUCCUCUUCUUCUUUCUUUAAAAUCUCCGAGCCGACAUAUGCACACUCAAGUGAAAAAAUCUUUUUUGUUUCGGCUUUACGCUCUACUGUGCAUGCACCACCACGCGAAGAAGGAAGAAGCAGGAAAAGGGUCACUCUGUGAUGCUUGCUAAGAAGAACCCCAGGCCUGGGCAGUUUUCUGCUGAUAGGAGCACCGGCCCGGGGUAUCAGAACAACAAACACUGAGUGAGAUAUUCUGAACCAUGGCUGACUCAAGCCAGCAAGAUGAUAUUACAACCACUCCAUCUGCAGCCCAAAAGAAGCUUCAGAGAGCGAUCUGGUUCUUCCGCUCAGGAGACCUCACUACCUGGAACUAUGCUAUUCUAGGCCUGGCGCUUGCUGGACUUGUCUUGGGAAUGUUCCUUUUGAUACGAAAUAUACUUGGGAACAGAAAGAGGAAGAUGAUUGAAAUGCAUAAGAAAAACGAGGGUUCUGCUUUGCCAGAGGAGGUUGAUAACAAACAGGCAGAGGUCCACUUGGAAAAAGAAGACCCUUUGACUAAGAAUAAUCUGUUGCAGCAAGAGAUGAAGUCUGGGGAUAUCACAAUGCAGUGGAAGGACGGCAACAUUGAAUCCCUUUACACCAUACUGCCAGAAGAGGACGUAUAAGACCUCUGCAUUAUAUUGUAUUAAAGGACAGCAUGUGCCCAGGCCUCCAGAAAAAAAAUCCACAUUGCAAACACAUUUCCCAUGGUCAUAAUAUUUUACAGCAUCCAACUCUCUUGCUGGAUCUCCUUAAAAUGGAAACUAUGAACAGAUAGAAUUAGCGAAUUACAGUGUAUUACAAGCCUCUACCUCAGUGGUUGUAAAACUGUUCCAGUUCAAGCCACAAGGUCCAGCUUUCGCCAGGGAUGUCUUUGAUGGUCUAACCUUUAAUCAGGCCCCUGGCUCAUGAAAAUAGGUACAGAUGUAAGAAAGUAUCAUUGUUUCAGUUAUAGUGCCUAGGACAGCAAAUACACAUUUACCCCAAAUCUUACCCAAUCUGGGCUUUCAUGUGUAUCUAGGAGAGCAAAUAAAGAGCAUGUCUACCAGUUCUCAGCCUAAAUGGCCUUCCGACUGAGACCCCUGCCACUGUUCCAAGCUUUCUCCCCACCCCUAGUGGGUCCAGCCACACAGUUUGGAUACCAAACCUACCUGUUACUAUAUUUGCUGUUAGGAAUUCAUGAAUGCUAUGUUGUUCAAGCAGAAUAGAAAGGAUACUAUAUGUGUGGGAGUAUUAAAAAAAACUCAGAUGACAGUACUUUGCUCCCUUGGAUGGCUGGUUGCAAGCAAGCACAGGUAAUGUAGGACAAUGGGAUGACAGUUUAGAGCAAUGAAGUGUUUACCAUGAAGUGUUAAAUCAGGGAAUGCCAGAUAUUAUGCCUGUGAACUGCAUUAAACCUUUAGUAUUUUACAUUUUGAUUGUAGCAAUAUAAUUGUAAUUUAAAUUACAGCCAUGUUUUGAGUGAGGCAGUGAAUUGUGUAAAAUAGCUAAAUGGAACUUACAAUUAUAAUAAUAAUUUAUUAUAAAUAAUAAUUUAGUUACUUAUAAUACUUUAUACAUUGCUUAAUAGCGCUGUGUCAUUUUCUGUUACAUUAGAGAUACGGUGUUCAUAAAAUUCUGUAUUUUAAAGUAUUAUGGAUUUGCUUUUCUCCCUUACCAUACC